CCGCCACCAUCAUCAAAGCCGCGGAUGAGCGGGCGGCCAAGAAACACAAAGGCGCGGGUGAGCGCGCGCAGUGUGGCGCGUGCGAGCACCAAGCAAGCGAGCGAGAGCACCGCGGCUGCAGCCACAGUGAACGGCAAUGGCAGCGACAGAAGUAGUAACACCAAGAGCAGCAGCAACAGCAACAGCCACAUCGGUGACCACAGUGUGCUGUUGGAGCAUGAGACAGAGGCGCUCAAGCGGUUUUACACGGGGGUGAUUGAGAACGCACAGUCACUGUGCAGUGUGCAGCAAGAGCUGCUGGACAACCUGCAGGCAAGAUACACCGAGCUCCUGGCCCAGCGUGCUCAGGCUCUUCGGGAAGAAGAACAUCUCAUCCGCGCCUUCAAACGCAUCCAGCGCAGACAAAAGAAGGAGGAGCGCAACCAGCACAAACAAGAGGAUGCACUGCAACCGAAACAAAACGCCAGCGGCACACGCGCUCGUAGAGGACACGCCCAACAACCAGCAGAGGGCAGACAACACGAAGAAGGGAAAGGAAAAGGGAAAGGGGAGAAGGCAGGCAAGGAAAAAGAACGAGAGCAGGGACAAGACGCUGGCGUGCGUGACGGGGAUGAAGGCGGGAGGCGCAGCCCGUCCAGAAAGAACCCCAAGACUUGUUCUUCUUCUUCUUCGUCAUCUUCUUCAACUGGAAGAGGCCGACCAAGGAGGAGCACACGGUCCGCUGCGCGAGCCACGGACGCCCACAGCAGCGCCACAAGCUCGCGCCAACUUCGCAGCGGCCACAAACGUACUUCUGCAUCGUCCGCUGGUCGCAAGCAACACAUACCCUCUUCAUCGGCCCCAGAUCAUUAGCAAGACACGACGCAUGGCUUGUUCAUCGCCAUGUGCGUCGUGUUGUUUUGUGUGCCCCAGACUUCACCCGCUGCUCUUUGCCUGUGCUGGGGUUGCUGUUGAACACUUUGCUCAGCUGCAAGCUGCCGGUUGCCGUGACCGUUAUUGCACUGCGCUGGCGUCACCUAUUG